CAGCCCAGCGUGACCUCACAGCUCAACCCCACCUCCUGCUGCGCUCUCCUGGACCGCAGCCCACCCCUGGAUCUGCACCUCCCCCAGUUCCAGGACCGCCCAGCCAGCCUGCAGGGCCCUGCUGUGGGUGGCAGCUGCUGCUCUCCAGGAACUGAAAGCCUGCGACGCUCAGCUGUGCACCUUCCGCGCAGAGCCCGCGAUGGGGAGGCCGGAAAGCCCCGAGGGGACGGUGGACACAGCCUGCCGGGCAGCGCAGAAGCGCCGAGGCUUCCUGGGGAGCGGUCUGCUGCUCCUGCUCCUGCUGAUGACGGGUGCCCUGGUGGCCCUGGGCGUCCUCUACAGCCGAGGGAAGCAGCUGCCCCUCUUUACUAGCCGGCAGCGCUCCUCACCAGAAGAGAGGACAGCUGUAAAACGAGAACCCCGAGCCCUCCUGGAGCCCGCAGAGGUGGACGAGUUCUGCACCAGCCCUGGCUGUGUGGUGGCGGCUGCCAGGAUCCUCCAGAACAUGGACCCCUCCACGGAGCCGUGCAACGACUUCUACCAGUAUGCGUGUGGAGGCUGGCUGCGGCGCCACGUGAUCCCCGAGACCAGCUCCCGCUACAGCAUCUUUGAUGUCCUCCGGGACGAGCUAGAGGUCAUCCUCAAAGGUGUGCUGGAGAAUUCCACUGCCAAGUCCCGGCCAGCCGUGGAGAAGGCCAAGCUGCUGUACCGCUCCUGCAUGAACCAAAGUGUGAUAGAGAAGCGAGACUCUCAGCCUCUGCUGGACAUCCUGGCGGUCGUGGGGGGCUGGCCGGUGGCCAUGGACCAGUGGAACGAGACUGUAGGCCCCACGUGGAAGCUGGAGCAGCAGCUGGCGAUGAUGAACACGCAGUUCAACCGGCGGGUCCUCAUUGACCUCUUCGUGUGGAACGACGACCUGAACUCCAGCCGGCACAUCAUCUACAUAGACCAGCCCACGCUGGGCAUGCCAUCCCGGGAGUACUACAUCAAGAAGGGCAACAACAAGAAGGUACGGGAUGCCUACCUAGAGUUCAUGAUGUCGGUGGCUACCAUGCUGCGGAGGGACAACAAGCUGCCCAAGAACAGCCGCCUGGUUCAGGAGGACAUGGCGCAGGUGCUGGAGCUGGAGACGCACCUGGCCAAUGCCACCGUACCCCCGGAGGAGAGGCACGACGUCACCACACUGUACCACAGGAUGGACCUGCAGCAGCUCCAAGACAGCUUUGGCCUGAAGGGUUUUAACUGGACUCUCUUCAUACAAACUGUGCUGUCCUCUGUCACAAUCAAGCUGCUGCCCGAUGAGGAAGUGGUGGUCUAUGGCAUCCCCUACCUGCAGAACCUCGAGGACAUCAUUGACCUCUACUCCGCCAGGACCAUGCAGAACUACCUGAUCUGGCGCCUGGUGCUGGAUCGCAUCAGCAGCCUGAGCCAACGCUUCAAGGACGCUCGGGUGAACUACCGCAAGGCGCUGUACGGCACCACGGUGGAGGAGGUGCGCUGGCGGGAGUGUAUCAGCUACGUCAACAGCAACAUGGAGAGCGCCGUGGGCUCCCUGUACGUCAAGCAGGCCUUCCCCGGGGACAGCAAGGACAUGGUCCAAGAGCUUAUCCACAAGGUUCGGGCUGUGUUCGUGGAGACCCUGGAUGAGCUGGGCUGGAUGGAUGAGGAGUCUAAGCAGAAGGCCCAGGAGAAGGCCAUGAGCAUCCGGGAGCAGAUCGGCUACCCCACCUACAUCCUGGAGGAGGACAACAGGCGGCUGGACCAGGAGUAUUCCAGCCUGAACUUCUCGGAGGAUCUGUACUUCGAAAAUGCACUGCAGAACCUCAAGGCCAGCGCCCACAGGAGCCUCAGGAAGCUUCGGGAAAGGGUGGACCAGAAUCUCUGGAUCAUUGGGGCUGCCGUGGUCAACGCGUUCUACUCUCCAAACCGAAAUCAGAUCGUGUUCCCCGCAGGGAUCCUCCAGCCGCCCUUCUUCAGCAAGGAGCAGCCGCAGUCUCUGAACUUCGGGGGCAUCGGGAUGGUGAUCGGGCACGAGAUCACUCAUGGCUUUGACGACAAUGGUCGGAACUUUGACAAGAACGGCAACAUGCUAGACUGGUGGAGCAAUUUCUCGGCCCAGAACUUCCGGGAGCAGUCGGAGUGCAUGAUCCACCAGUAUGGCAACUACAGCUGGGAGCUGGCUGAGAACCAGAGCGUCAAUGGAUUCAGCACCCUCGGGGAGAACAUCGCAGACAACGGAGGGGUGCGCCAGGCGUACAAGGCCUAUCUGAAGUGGAUGGCAGAAGGCGGCAAGGAUCAGCUGCUGCCCGGGCUGGAGCUCACCUACAAACAGCUUUUCUUUGUCAACUAUGCCCAGGUGUGGUGCGGGUCGUACAGGCCCGAGUUUGCUGUCCAGUCCAUCAAGACUGACGUCCACAGCCCUCUGAAGUACAGGGUGCUGGGCUCGCUGCAGAACCUGCCUGCCUUUGCCGAUGCAUUCCACUGCGCCCAGGGCACCCCCAUGCACCCCAAGCAGCGAUGCCGCAUCUGGUAGCGGAGGUUGAGCUGCACUCUGUGGCCCAUGCCACCCGGCCGGGAAAGGAGGUGUUUCACCAAGAAGGUGCAGCCAGGGGCUGGCACGGACCAGCAGCAAUAUGCAUCUGUGCCUGCAGCCACGGUGGCCCGGCCGUCCUCACGCCGCAGGUACCAGGGGAAGCUAUGUCCAAGCUGCACCCUCUGUGCCACCCACAAGGGUCAGCGCGCGUCACAGCCCAGAGACAGAGCCAACUGUCUUCUGCCCCUCACCAAAGUGUGUCAUCCUCAAUGUU